ACAGGCUCGUCAGCUGCUGAUGUUUCUAGAUGUAAACAAGCAUGGCAGGCGAAGAGGACGAGAGGCAGGCGCCGCAGCCCGAGAUUAUUCGUCUGGUAGGCCAAAGCGACGUCAAUGGAGUUAAAAAUUUACUUCUGCGAGGCGAGGCGAAGACGGAGGAAACGGAUGGCAGUGGAAUGACAGCGCUGCACCACUCGGCAUAUAAGGGAAAUGCGGAGCUGUGUAAACUUCUCAUCGAGCAUGGUGCUGACAUCAACAGUGAUAGCCAUGAUCACCGUUACUCACCACUACAUUUUGCUGCUCUCUCUGGGAGCACGGCAACUGUACAACAUUUAUUAACAGCUGGUGCCAAGACAUACUAUACCAACACUCUUGGCAGAACAGCAGCACAAAUGGCAGCUUUUGUGGGCAAUCACGCAGUUGUGGCGCUCAUUAAUAAUUAUGUCCCUCUGGAGGCUGUCAUCUAUUACACAAAGCCAAUGGGCCUCGAAACGGAAGCAAAGCUGUCCAGUGAAAUGGCCAAUCCCCUUUAUGAUUUGAUCAUGCAGGUAAACCUUCAUCCUGUAAGGAUUGCCAUGCACCUUGAGAGGUCAGAAGUGAUUCGCAAGCAUAUCAGCAGUGCUUAUAAAGUUUUGGAUUUGAUGUGCGAGAAGGAGAGCAAGCGGCCAGAAGGAGUUAAUGAAGUCAUAUGCAUCAAGUUCCACUACCUAGCAUAUAUAUUGAAGACUCUAGAGAAAGAAAUAAAGAAAUUUGAGAGCUCAAAGGAAAAGAACACCAGCGAGAAGGACUGCCCAAUAUUUGAGAGCAUCAUGAAGAAGUGGCUACGAGGCAGAGAGUAUGACGGCAUUGAGGAGCACAUGGAGUAUUAUAUAAGGGAUGCCAUCAAGUCUUUCCCAUAUGUAGAGAUGCCCCUCUUCAUCCAGUUGGUGAGGAACAUGACAGGGAAGUUAGGAGACUCAUGGGCCUUGGGAGUGCUAAGUGGGUGCAUCAAUGGGCAAAGGGCAUUCCAGGACGACAAGGCUUGCUCAACCUGUGGUGAGGAGAAAAAGGAUGCCAAAAAGUGUGCCAAGUGCAAGAUGGUCCAGUACUGUGAUCGGGUCUGCCAGAAACUCCAUUGGACCAACCACAAGAAGUUUUGCAGCAGGCUUUUAGAAGAUUAUGAAAGGCAGCAGAAACUGUUGGAGGAGGAGAAGAAGAAGGAAGAGGAAGAAAAGAAGAAAGUUAGUCCAGAGUCAAGUGGAGCAGAUAGUAAGAAAGAGGGAACAACCUCAGACCCUGAUAACAAAGAUUUAACCAACAAGACAGAAAAUUUAGAGAUUUCUUAAGUAAAAGCAAUUAACUGUUUAACAUGUCAUUAAAAUCUGUAUUACAAUUAGAGGAAUACUACCUCAUCCUUAGUUCAUCAAACAUUGCCAAAGAUAUAAAAGUUAUAUUAUGUGAUGGUGAUGAGAACAUUUUAUAAUAAAUGCAGCAUUCCAAAAUCAAUAGAGGGAAAAUCUGAGUCUGAAAUAUUGUAUGUAUGAUUUCUUAGUCAUGAAUUCUCAACUUUACACAAAUGUUCCCAUGGAUGUCUUCAUGAUUUUCAAAAAACAUAAAGGAGAAAAGCUGGUGGAAAGAACCAUUACAAUAUUUUAACAGGAUAUUAAUUCACAAAAUCUGUCAAUAUUGCAUAAUUUUAUUUCCAUGUUUUAGUGGUUGAAUAUGUCAGGAUUAUUGUAUCUGCUAUAAUGCCAGUAUUCUUUCUCAUAUUUUUCUAUCAUAGAAAUUGGUUGUCAGAACACUAUUUUUCCCCAUGUUAAUGUUGAGGCAAUUGAUUAGAGAAUGAGUAAUUGUUUUUACAUAUUUUGCCCAUGUCUUUUGACCUAUGUCUUUUGCAUGUUGUAAUCUACCUGUAUCAUGGUCUAGGUUUUGAGUGUGUGCUAAAUUUCAAACUCAGAGAGAAUCUUUCUACAAAUACUUCAAAUAGAUAUUGCCUUGGCUACAUCAAGAAUACCACACAUCCUUACUGGUACAGUAAUAUUUAUGUAUUUUAUGACAAUAUGAAAGUACCUCAAUAUGUUGCCAUAAAUUUUACCAGUAAAAUUUAUCUACAUAUGAAAUGAGUUAUUUUUCCUUGUGUCAUUAUGCAGAAAUUUAAGAUUAUUUCAUAUCCACCUUCAAGUUAAUUUGUAUACCUGAUUACCACCUAAUUAAAAGAGAUAAAUUA